AUGGGACAAAUUCUCUCUUCACCAAUUACGACGAAAAGAUCGGAGACGGGCAGAAAUGACAAGUUCAUGUACUCAGUUUCAGACAUGCAAGGAUGGAGAAUAUCCAUGGAAGAUGCGCAUGCUACUUUACUCCAGUUGGAAGAAGGACCCAAUACGAACGCCUUUUUCGCUGUCUACGACGGUCAUGGGGGUAGCACCGUCGCUCGGUUUGCCGGGCAGAAUGUACACAAACGGUUAUUGUCCGAGGAAACAUACCAGCAGCGACAAUAUGAAACCGCUCUGAAGAAAGCCUUUCUUGGAACGGAUGAAGAUAUACUUGCUAACCCAGCACAUACUAAGGAUCCAUCUGGUUGUACCGCAGUUGCUGCCCUUGUCACAGAUGACGGGAAAAUAUAUGUCGCCAAUGCUGGGGACUCCCGUUCCGUCAUCAGUGUCAAAGGUGAAGCUAAACCGCUCAGCUUCGAUCACAAACCCUCCAACGCAGCCGAGGUCGAACGGAUUACCGGCGCUGGUGGUUAUGUCGAAUUCGGUCGCGUUAAUGGCAAUCUCGCUCUCUCCCGCGCUCUGGGUGAUUUCGAAUUCAAGAAAAACUAUUCCCUCGGCGUCGAGAGACAAGUAAUCACCGCCGAUCCUGACGUUACCUGCCAUGAAAUUACAGAGGAAGAUGAAUUCCUUGUUCUUGCUUGCGAUGGCAUCUGGGAUUGCUUGUCUUCCCAGCAAGUCAUCGACUUCAUCCGAUACCAAAUUUCGGAAGGAAAACCCCUGCAAGAGAUAGGCGAGCUUAUGUGUGAUCACUGUCUGGCCCCAGAUACUUCCUCUGGGACGGGUGUCGGUUGUGAUAAUAUGACAGUGCUCAUUGUCGCACUUCUACACGGGCGGACACCAGAGGAAUGGUACGCCUGGAUAAAGGAACGCGUACAGAAGGGCUACGGCUACAAUACUCCCUCAGCACUUCCUCAACUAUAUUCACAAAGUCGACUCAUGUCCUACAAGGCCCGACGGGAAGCUCAAGAGGCUCGGGAGCGCGAGCGCGAGCGGAAUCGGGCUGAGAACCCGGAUGAUAGCAGCAGUGGUGUGUCCUUUCUGGUCAAUCCGCUGAGCGGGUUCGCUCGGGUGCUUGGUAGCACAGGUGGUAUCUCCUUUUCCCCCGACUCGAACAUUAUCACGGAUGGAGGACCGUUGAUGUUCGCAGACAACGAUAGCGACGACGAUGACGAUGAAGAAGAUACCGGACGAUCGUUCUUCAGCGAAACCCUCGGUAUCGGACGCUCAGAAUCUCCCGAUCCUACUCGGGCAUUGAAGGCAGGCAUAGACGAGCUGGAACUCAGUAUGCGGGACGGGGCAAACGAUGGAGACGAUGAUACCGCCAUGGACACUGACGAAGAAUUGGAAUCCACGUUUGCGAAUGGCGCGAAAGCUGGUGAUAGCUCUUCGCAGGGCGAGGCGCCGCCACCUCCGAAGCCUCUACCGAAUGGCACUGCCAAUGGCCCCACAACCCCAGUAGAGCAGCUGAAAUCCGAGCCAGGUGGUGAUGCUGCACCCCCCGUUGUAAAGCAAGAAGGCCUUAUGGAUAAAAGCGAGGAUCCUACCAAAGCCUGA